AAAACACACGCAGAAAAGCCGCAAAAUUUUUUAUUUUUGUUUAUAAUUUUGUGAUAAACGUGAUUUAGAUAAUAAAAUAUUGGAAAAUGGAUAGUAAAUUGACACGUUAUGAGAAAAUUGCGUUUUUGGGAGAAGGUCAGUUCGCCACGGUCUACAAGGCUCGAGAUGUUUUAACUGAACAAAUAGUAGCUGUGAAAAAAAUCAAAAUUGGCAGCCGUGAAGAGGCCCAAGAUGGUAUAAAUCGCACAGCUUUGAGAGAAAUCAAACUCUUGCAUGAAUUGCAGCAUGAAAACAUAAUCGGUCUAGUUGAUGUAUUUGGCCACAAAUCGAAUGUGUCAUUGGUGUUUGAUUUCAUGGAUACCGACUUGGAAAUUAUCAUUAAAGAUCCUAAAAUCAUCUUAACACAGGCCGAUAUUAAGGCAUACAUGAUAAUGACCUUAAGAGGUCUGGAAUAUUUGCACUUGCAUUGGAUUUUACAUCGAGAUUUAAAGCCCAACAAUUUACUAGUAAAUGGUGAUGGCAUAUUGAAAAUUGGUGAUUUUGGUUUAGCGAAAUUCUUUGGUUCUCCCUCACGUAUUUACACACAUCAGGUGGUUACACGCUGGUAUCGAGCUCCGGAGUUGUUAUUUGGUGCCCGUCAGUAUGGCACUGGCAUAGAUAUAUGGGCUGUUGGUUGCAUUUUAGCUGAGCUAUUGCUGCGCGUUCCAUUUCUAGCCGGCGAUUCUGAUUUAAAUCAGCUUACGAAAAUUUUCCAAGCUUUGGGCACUCCCUCCGAUGAUAACUGGCCAAAUUUAAGUAAACUUCCUGAUUAUAUGCAGUUUGUUCAGUUUCCCGGUGCACCACUUGCCAGCUAUUUCACUGCUGCUCCUGAUGAUUUGAUAGCAUUGGCAGAGAGAUUAUUGGCCUUAAAUCCAUCUAAGCGUUGUACAUGUACCGAGGCUUUAGAUAUGAAGUAUUUCUCAAAUAAACCAGCACCUUCAUUGGGUCACAAAUUGCCGUUGCCUUCAUCGAAACAACAAAAUGUAGACGAGAAACCGAAUUUAAAGCGUAAAAUUUUAGAAGCUAUGGAGGGUGUUGGUAAUCCUAAGAAACUGAUAUUUUAAUGUAAGUAAUUGUUUUUAUACAAGUAGUUGUAAUUUUUUCAAAUGUUUACUUUUUGCACAGUAGUCUGGUUAAAUAUAAGUUAAAGAACUUUAAAUAGUCUGCAGUAAUAGAGAAUUAGAAAACAAUAAACUGUAUAUUUUAUAACGAAAGAAAUAACUAAAUAGUACAUUGCCUACGAUGAAAAUUUUGCAAAACCUUAGUUCGCAUUGAUAUAAAAUAAAAACUGUAGGCAUAAAUAGGUAUUUCACUAUUUAUUUCCUAUUAUUUUUAUUAUAUUUGUAAUUGUUUAAUUGUAAUUUGUAUUAUUUGUAAUUUUUUUACAAACAUUUUCCAAAAUGUUAUAUUUAAUUUAAAAUUUUACUUAAAUAAGCAACUAUAAUUAAUACUUUUAUUUCCCAAAAAUGUUGAACCAGGCUAAUGUACACUACAUAUACACUUUUAUUAAAAUUUAUUAAACGAAAAAAUACCUAAAGUAUAGAAUACUUAAUAUAACUCAAAAAUAACAUCAAAUCGGUUUAAAUA